AUGGCGAGGAAAGAGUUUGUGAAAGGAGAGGUGACUGGUCAAUUGUUUGUGAAAGUUCGCUCGAAAGAGACUAAGUACCCGUUUUACUUAGAUGAUGAAUUGGCUGAGAAGUUUUUCUUAUACUGGUCUCCUGAGCCUAUGCAAGUGCUUGAGGCUAUCGGAAGGACUCCUGAAGAGGACUUAAUUUUAGAUUACCUUGUUGAGUGCUUUGCCUCUAGAAAACUGUUAUCUAUUCCUGAUCUUUUGAAGUUUGAGGAUGACAGAGAUUCUUUGUCGAGAUACAUAGGUGGUAGAGUUCCAAAUCUCUCCUCUUCUCGUAUGAGAAUGUUUCUGGAACAAAAAAGAGGUGAGAAAGAUGGUUCUGGUAAGACCAUUUUACCUGAAACUGCCCAAUCCAGUUCUCAUGCUAUGAAGAGGUGGUUUUGACCGGUGUAUUAACCAAGUCUCUGUUUACUCUCCAAACUUUGAUGUUUUAAAAUUGGAUGUAACAAAGAUUGUAGUUGGAAGGAAACUUGUUAACGAUGAUCUUGAUGAGGCCGAGGAAAAACUGCGGCCGAAGCUAGCAAAUAGGGAUUUAUCUUAAAUGCCCUUGUUAAUUAUGUAUUUGCUAUAGUGAUUUGGGGAUUUGUAGUUUUUUAGUUCCUUAGUCCUUACUACGACUAUUUG